GCGAAUGUAAACAGAUUCAGUGAUUGAGGAUCCACCUGUUUCGUGGGACCAUCUCCAUGGUGGGACGGACAGCGACGAACUUGAACUUAGAAUUUGUAGCAAAAAGAAAACUGGAAUGAAGCCCAAAAAUAACGCAAUCAAAUCACAAAGAAGCUCUACCCCCAACGGCAAAAAGAAGAAACGGCAAAUAUCUGGCCAUGGGCUUGGGGAAGAUGCUGAAUCAAAGUGGAUGAUUACAGAAACAGUUAAACAGAAACUUCCCAAAGAAAAAAACAAGGAAACACCACCAGAAGUCAUCGUUGGCAAGCUGAGAAAGAGCAAGUCUGAAAUAAAAACUAGUAAAGAAACAAGAAGUAAGAAAUCUUCUGAAGGAGCUGAGAAACCAAAUGAGAAGGCACUCAAGAACAAAGUACAGAAGGAAAGUGCUGAUGGGUUAGAACCAUCGACAGAGAAAAAGAAAAAACUGGAAAAGGGUCAAUUGGAAGUUGGAGUUGGAAGAAAGAGGAAGAUUGUUAAAAAAGUGGAAGGAGUAACAGGUGCUGCAAAACAAAGUCAGGAAGACUCAAAAGAUCGGCUUGGAGUUGGACAAACCAAGACGAGAUCAAAGAGAAUCCAGAGGAAAAAGGAAUGGAAGGUGAUUGAGAGUCAGCCAGACAUCUCGGAAGAGAAACCCAAGCGAAAACGCUCAGCUCCUGAAUGUACUGAGACAAACUUGAAACAAAAGAAGCAGAAACUGAACGCUGGGAGGAAGACGCAAGGAGAGCUUAUUAGUAAGAAGAGUGUGCGGAGUUCGGUUGAUUCUCUGAAAAGUGUGGCACUUGAGGUUAAAGCUGAGGUGAAGGGCGACAUGGCCAAAGCAGCAAAGUUUGUUGGAGCCCACAUGAGUGCUGCAGGAGGUCUUGAAAAUGCAGUUAAAGGGGCAGUAACUACAGGUGCCAAGGCCUUCGCUCUCUUUCUCCGUUCCCAGAGGCAGUGGGCAGCGAAGCCCUUGGAGGAUAAAACGGCUGAGACAUUUCGUCAGGCUUGUCAAGAGCACAAGUUCUCUCCAGAUGUUAUUCUUCCACACGGCUCAUACUUACUGAACUGUGGGUCGCCGAAUGCGGAGACACUGAGAAAGUCAAGAGAAGCCCUCGCGGAUGAAUUGAAUCGGUGCGAGAAGCUGGGGUUGACACGUUAUAACUUUCAUCCUGGGUCAACAUGCGGUGAGAUUCCAGUGGAGGAAUGCUUGGAUAAGAUAGGAGAGUCCAUCAACAUGGCGCACCAACAAACAAACAAGGUCAUGACAGUGAUUGAGAACAUGAGCCGUCAGGGGAACACAGUUGGAGGGAAGUUUGAGGAGCUGCAUGGAAUUAUUGAGAGAGUGAAAGACAAGGCUCGGAUCGGAGUGUGUCUGGAUACAUGUCAUGCAUUUGCUGCAGGUUUUGAUCUGUCAAGCGAAUCAGGCUACCAGGACAUGAUGGAGGACUUUGAAAGGAUUGUGGGUCUGAAAUACCUGGUGGCUGUCCAUCUAAAUGAUUCCAAAGGUAGUGUUGGGAGCCACCUUGAUAGACAUGAGAAGAUCGGUCAGGGUCAUAUUGGCAUCCAGGCAUUCCGACGUCUCAUAAACGACCCUCGCUUUGAUAACAUACCACUGAUCCUUGAAACACCUGUUGAGAAUGGCUCAGAGUAUGCAGAGGAGAUCGAGCUUCUCUACUCAUUGGUCAACUAGUCAUUAGUACUGAUGGUCGCCUUUCUAAAAUAAACCAAAAAAAAAACUCUUGUUCUACCUCUUGUUUUACCAAUUUCAAAACAAUGUGAUCAAAGUUCUUGAGCCAGAAGGGAAAACAAAGAAGAAAAAUAUAAAAAAGGAAGAAGAAAAAAAACAAAAAACUUAUUUAUUUCAUUGUUAAAAUCAGUCUGCCGACAUCUUUCAA